AUGUCAGAAGUAUCCACAAUGAAGGUGAUCUUCCUGUUCUCCCUUCUGGUGACGGGUACUUGGAGUACUUGUGUCCUUGAGGGGGAUGGCGUUGUCUGCGAUAUGUGCGGAGACAACGUCAUCAUGGCUUUGGAUCAUGGUUGUCGCGUCAUUUUUAAUGGCAAAUACUUGUUCUUGGACUGCAUCUGUUUGUGGCGGUUGAAGAUGGUGCAGUUGCUGCAACUGGUGACGUGUUUUGGACGUCGAGAGGGAUUGGACCAGAUUGUUGUUCCCUGGGCCUACUGCCUCGACAAUGUCAAGAGCUCAGCUCCACCAACCACAAGUUCAACAAUGACGUCAGUUUUGCUGGUGUCUCAAGUGACAACAAUCACAACAGAGGCUGUGAUUUGUCAUUCUUCAGCUGCCAAGGAUAAGGAGAUCCUUGCAGCUAUGCCUACCGUGGUCCCUGAAGUGACCAUUUGUGUGAAAGAUGGACAACUGGAGGCAAGCAUCAGUGGCGAGACAGCCAUGAAAUUUUUGAUCGUAGGUUGCAGAGGAUAUGGAGUCGUCUCAAUCCUGUUUUUUCUGGCUUGGAUGGCUAGACAGAUCUACUUGAAGAAACAAGAGGGGGAUCAAGGGGUAGCAGAGGCAGAAUUGCCUCCCAUAAAUUUUGAUGAGGUCAAGGAAGAUUGGCAUUCCAUGCAACAAGCUGCGAGAUGGAUGGGCCUCAUAACAGCUGUGCAUCCUACAACAGCCACAGCUUCUGAAGAAGGAGGUGAAGAAAGGGUUACCUCAACUGGGGAUCUUCUGGAGCUCAACACAGGAAACGUGGAAGUAGAAGAUCCUCGGUGCUCAGCAUUCUGGGCAUGA